AUGGAUACGACAGACGAUAUUUCUAGUACUUGUGAAAACGAUUAUGUUCGUAACGCAGAUAAUAAUGGCGUGUUGUGUGGUGCUGAAAGAGACUCAAGUUAUGAUUGUGAAUCAGAAACGGAAUACGAUAGUGAAAAUGAAACGAUUGAUAUUUGUGACAACAGUGAACAGUCCAAUCAUCGAAACGUGGAAAACAAAAACAUUAAAAACGUAAUAAAUCCUUUAUUGAAUGCCGAUAAAUUGUGCUUUUUUGAACAAAGUCGAGUAAUAUUUCCAACGAAAACAUUUGACAACUUAAGAAAUCUUCGCAAUGGAAGUGAAUCAUCUCGUACUAGUGCGAAAGAUUCUGUGAGCAGUGUGAUUCACGGCAAAAGUAAAACUUUUCUUAUAGACAGUAUUUUAGGUAACAAUAAAAGUAACAGUUCUAAAGUUGUUAGUAAUAAAAAUCUGGACGAUGUUGACAACGUUGAAGAAAGUACGGAUGAACAUAACGUAUCAUCAACAUCGACGUGUCCGGAGCUGAGCGCGUUGAAUGACGCAGGAUUGCUCGCAGGACAUGCGUACGCACAUUGGCUUGCUACGCAUCAACCCUCCGCUGCUCUUUACGGCAAGUUUUAAUUUAGUAUUUCGGUUAGAUAAAAGAACCUAACCACGCUACUUUUAUUUCCUAAUAUACAGAACACAGAAAUUCAGUAACAGAAAGUUUCUUAAAGUUCAUAGAAUAAUAAUUAGUUCUUUUCAUCUCACUUAGGUACAAAUUUACAAAUCUAAAAUACAUCAUAAGUGGAGUUAUUAAUACCCAAACACCGAUGAUAAACCAGGAGCCCAUUGAACACCAUAAACAUUAAUAAAAUAACAUAAGUACCGUGCAUGCGUGUUACAAUCGCGUGCAACUCCACCCGGUGUGAAACUUCGCACGCCUAAUUCGCACGCAAUCAUCCCUC